AUCCAUUCUUCCCUCUGGGCCAACACAAUGGAAGAUGAGACUGAGGACUAUGAGAACUACGAGAACUACUACUAUACAGAAGCAAAUCAGGACACCAACCUCCAGCAGGAGCUCUCGGAGGAAUUUAGCUGGAUGGAGACAUCUUUAGGCGACUUCAGUUACAGGAGAGACUCAUGCUACUCCAGCCCCUGCAAGAAUGGUGGUACGUGUGAAGCCAAGGGAAGUGACUUCAGCUGUCACUGCCCCAAGCCAUAUGGUGGGACUACAUGUGAAAAAGUGGAGGACAUGUGUCUGGAGAAGAACUGCCACUUUGGUGACUGCCUGAUUACAUUAACCCCACCCUAUUUUAAGUGCAGCUGCAAGCCUCCCUACAAGAGACCCUCCUGCCGGCGUGCAUCCAAACAGUGCAGCCCAAACCCUUGCAAAAAUGGAGGCAGCUGCAUACGGAACAGAUACAGAUCAAAAUUCACCUGCAAGUGCCCUGAACCUUUCAGAGGGAGAUUCUGCGAGAUCGGACCAAAUGAUUGUUAUGAAGAGGACUCCUCUACUUAUAGAGGUAGAGUGAACCAAGCAGAAAAUGGCAGGACCUGCCUGCACUGGAAUUCCCACCAUCUCUUGGACCAUCCUUUUAAUGCCUUUAUGGAGGAUGCUGACACACAUGGCAUUGGUGAACACAACUUCUGCAGGAAUCCUGAUGAGGAUGAAAAACCCUGGUGCUACAUCAGGAAAAAUAAUGAAGUGGAUUGGGAAUACUGUGAUGUUUCACUCUGUGCAGCUGAAGAGACCCCAACAGAACCCCCUACAGACCCCCCUGAAGUAUUCCAAACAUGUGGACAACCAGAAGUUCGUAGGACCCUCAAGAAGAUCUAUGGUGGAUCCAAGGCUACACCUGGAAAACAUCCCUGGAUGGCAUCUCUGCAGAUACAGACUCCAGAUGGGAAUAAACAUUUCUGUGGUGGAGUGCUAAUUAAAUCAUGCUGGGUUCUUACUGCUGCACACUGCCUUGAAAACCUAGAAACAAAGAUCCAAGUAGCCCUUGGUAAACAAAACCUCAAGAAGAAAGAGGAUCAUGAGCAAAUAUUUGAUGCAGUGGAAGUAAUUGUACAUGGCAAAUACAGAGAGGAGACGGGUCAUGCCCUAUACAAUGAUAUUGCUCUGCUUAAACUGCAGCCUGUUGAUGGUUACUGUGCAGUGGAAACAAAGUAUGUGAAAAUAGCAUGUCUCCCAGACUUCUUCCUUCCUGCUGGGACUUCCUGCUUCAUUGCUGGAUGGGGUGACACAGAGACAGGUGACCCAUCCAAUCAGCUGUUAGAUGCCAAUGUCAGGUUGAUUUCACAGAGGAAAUGCAAUGAACCCAACUUACAUCAAGACAAACUGGAUGACAGCAUGUUUUGUGCAGGACGUCUUCGGAAACCCGGAAUCGAUUCUUGUCAGGGAGACUCUGGAGGUCCACUGACUUGUGUAGCAAAUGGCUCCUACUACGUAUAUGGCCUUGUGAGCUGGGGAGAGGGAUGUGGGUUAAAAAACAAGCCAGGAGUUUAUACCCAGGUGACAAAAUUCGCCAGUUGGAUUAACGCUGUAAUUCAGUAUUCAUCAAGGUCACGUCAGUAGGAGAGAUCUUUGGAAUGACAAAUGAAUUUCUGAAGCAUCAGGAUUGACUCCAGCUUGCUGAGAUCCUUCUGUC